AUGGCGUCAGACACGGCACCCCAAAACCAUGGCUCCAAGGGGAUUAUGACCUUUUACCCUACUGCUGAAGAGUUCAAAAAUUUCAGCCGUUAUGUCGCCUACAUGGAGUCGCAGGGGGCACACAAAGCAGGACUGGCUAAAGUGGUCCCACCAAAGGAAUGGAAGCCCAGACAGUCAUAUGACGAUAUAGAUGAUUUGGUUAUUCCUGCACCCAUUCAGCAAGUGGUGACGGGCCAGUCAGGUCUUUUUACUCAGUACAACAUUCAGAAAAAAUCCAUGUCUGUUAAAGAGUUCCGCAAGAUUGCAAACAGUGACAAGUUCUGUAGCCCUCAUUAUGAUGAUUUUGAUGAACUGGAAAGGAAGUAUUGGAAAAAUGUGACCUUUAAUCCUCCUAUAUAUGGGGCUGAUGUCGGCGGCAGUCUAUACAAUCCGGAAGUCAAAGAAUGGAACAUUUGUCAUCUAAACACAAUUUUGGACACUGUGGAAUCAGACAGCGGUAUCACCAUUGAGGGUGUUAAUACACCCUACUUAUAUUUUGGCAUGUGGAAGACCACCUUUGCAUGGCAUACUGAGGACAUGGACCUCUACAGUAUCAAUUACUUGCACUUCGGAGAGCCCAAAUCCUGGUACUGUGUCCCACCAGAGCACGGGAGAAGAUUUGAGCGUCUGGCUCAAGGUUUCUUCUCCGGUAGUGCUCAAACUUGUGAAGCCUUUUUGCGGCACAAAAUGACGCUGAUAUCACCUUCUAUACUGAAGAAAUACGGGAUUCCGUUUGAAAAGAUUACCCAAUAUGCUGGAGAGUUUAUGGUUACUUUUCCCUAUGCUUAUCAUGCCGGUUUCAACCAUGGAUUCAACUGUGCUGAAUCCACCAACUUUGCCACACAACGGUGGAUCGAGUAUGGCAAACAAGCAGUUUUGUGUUCGUGCCGCAAGGACAUGGUCAAAAUCUCCAUGGAUGUGUUUGUCAAGAAAUUCCAACCAGAACGUUAUGAACAGUGGUUGGCAGGGCGAGAUACAGUGCCCAUCGACCACUCCCGGCCUACGCCAGAGGCCAAAGAGUUCCUAGGCGAUUCCUUUGAUAUGGUCCACAAUAAUAGCAGUUGUUUGUUGGAUUGCGGUGCGGAUGAUAUUGAGCGGAAGAGUCCUCUUCAUCGAAUUGAGACCAAGAGACACCGGGUUUGUCUGGAAUUACCCGAAGAGGUUGUUCCCAAAGACUCUGAUGACGAAAUGAUGCUGUAUGCUAAGCGUCCGAGAUUAAAUCUUUUACCACCACGUAUGACACCACAAGAUGGGAAGCGGAAUAAAGGUCCCCCAAAGUUGGUCGUCACACCGACAAAGCUCACUUUGGUGGAUCCGUUUCACAGGGGUGUAAACAGCAGUGAAUCAGGGCACACUCCUCACUACACCAAGACUCGUCCACCUGCGUUUUCAUCCCAAAACGGUCAUUUGACGGUGACGCCAACGUGGACGCAGUCCCGUAAAAUGGGGGUGGCCAGCUUGCUUUUCCAUCGGACUCUCACUCAAAAAGAUAUCCUGCAAGUGCAGAAUUACCCUCGGGAAAAACAGCAGAUUCAUAAGAUGCUGCAGGUUCACAGCUACGCCAGAGAACAACAGCCCCAGCCUGUAUUGUCACCUGAUGGGGGAAGCAGAGAAUUUCUGCCUGAGUCUCGAAUAUCUCCCAUUCAAGUGGUGCCUGGUCCGACUGAACAUUCUGUGGAGAAGGACCACAUGCCAAGUGUUUCGACACCUGUCUAUGUUGUUCUGGAUGCAGCAGUGAAGGCCGACGCUGAUCCCACCUGCAUUCCACAGUCCACCCAGAUCAACAACUGGGACAUACCUAAAAACCAAAACAAAAAAAAGGUGUCAGAAGACCAGUCCUACUGUAUGUCAGUGGUCACCAAGCAGCAACAGCAGCAGCAGCAGCAACAAGAGCAGCUCAGAAAGCUUCCACGUCACCACCCUCUCUUCAGGGAGCUUUACAGUGAUGACAUACACCAUGUAGAGAUUUAUCAAGAUGUGGCGAUGGACCACGAGGAGAAAGAGGAAUGGGCAAAGCCGUUAACGAAGCUGUGGCAGUGUCGGCCUGCAAACCACCAGGUGGAGUGGGAGUACAAUAAAAGAAUGGGUGAACAGGCUCCUUACUGCUCCAUCUGCCUACUUUUCUACACCCACCAUCUGUCCGAGGCCGGCGGCGACAGGAAUUCCAGCGUGACGUUGGUAAACCGCCAAGGUCACCAGUGGUCCAAACCCCUCAUUCCUGAAAUGUGUUUCAACACGCACACCAACAAGGCCAGUGAUAGCGGGGAAGGCCAGCUGUCCAACCCUCACAUCACAGAGGACGGCACCAGCCGGCUGGUCAGCUGUUCUCGGUGCUGCGUUCGCGUGCACACCAGUUGCUACGGUGUAACCAGAGAGGAAGCUGAGCAAGAUGAUUGGCUAUGUGCUCGCUGCAAAGCUGAUGCUACUUAUGAGGAUUGCUGUCUGUGUUCUCUCCGUGGUGGAGCUCUGCAGAGAGCCAACAAUGACAAGUGGGUUCAUGUGCUGUGCGCCAUCACUGUGCUCGAAGCUCGCUUUGUCAACAUCACGGAGCGGGGUCCCAUCGAUCUGUCUUCAAUCCCACUGCCUCGAUUCAGACUGAAAUGCGUUUUCUGCAGGAAGCGGAUGAAGAGGGAGUUUACAGGCUGCUGCGUGCAGUGCUCCCACGGACGCUGCUCCACGGCUUUUCACCCCAUGUGCGCUCAGGCUGCCGGCGUCCUCAUGCACCCGGACGACUGGCCGUUCGUUGUCUUCAUCACCUGUCCCCGUCACAAAACACCUACCGUCAUUGAGCGUAACAAGGACUCCAUGAGAGAGCUUGCAGUGGGACAGAGGGUGAUUUGUAAAUACCGAAAUGGCCGUUACUACCACAGCGAGGUGGUGGGACUGACCACCGCCACCUUCUACGAAGUGGUGUUCGACGACGGUUCGUACAGUGACAACCUCUUCCCAGAGGACAUCGAGAACCGGGACUGCGCUCGACUUGGACCGCCUGCAGAGGGCGCCACCGUGUCGGUCCGGUGGACUGAUGGCUUGCUGUAUGGGGCUAAGUUUGUGGCGUCUCACUCCAUUCCGAUGUACCUGGUGGAAUUUGAAGAUGAAUCCCAAAUUUCAGUCAAGCGUGAGGACGUGUACACCUUAGACGAAGAUCUGCCUAAACGGGUCAAGUCUCGACUGUCUGUGGCGUCAGACAUGCGCUUCGAACUCUUCGCGCAGGAAGACGUCAAACAGAACACCAAACGACAACGCGUCAUCAACUCUCGUUACAGAGAAGACUACAUCGAGCCCGUCAUUUAUCGGGCCAUCAUGGAGUGA